GUUACUUCAAUAUUGGUUUAGGCUACAGGUGCUCAAACGUGACCUAAAAAGGGUUUAAAAAAUUCUGCCAAGUUAGGAUCUAUCUGCUUUCUGUAUAUCUCUAAGAAUAACCUGCUACUUAGACAGACAACCAGUUUUAAGCUAAUUUACAUCCAUCCAUACAAUUAAUUUAUGUAAACUCAGGGUUGCCGCUGGUUACGCCAUUGAUUUCCUCUGGAGUGAAACUCCAGUCAGAGUCAUUUUUACUACAAAAACUGUUCAAAGACGUUUUGCUCUUGUUUUAACGGUUCAAUGAGCGGUAACAGCUCCUAUAUUGUAUUCACAGUAUCCAUGUCAUGUUUUAGGUCGGUCUUUCACACUCUCCAGCCUUAUGUAGGCAAACCGUGUUGUUUCGUUUCCCACCUGUUUUCCGACAAGCCCGCCCCCUGCGCUAGGAUUGGCUAGUAGUUCCCACUAUUGGCGGACUGUGUGUGAUUGUGAACUACUGGCCAAUCCGAGCGCAGGGGCGGGUCUUGUCGUGCCUGCUCGUGAAUAUGAUCUACAAGCCAAUCCUAGCGUAGGGGGCGGCGUUUGACGGAAUACGGGCGGGAAGAAAAAAAACGCAGGCAAAACGGUUUAACGAGGCAUAUUAGAAGAAGAAAACGUGUCGUCGGGCGAAACAUGCUCCGUCCUCGUGUCCUCACUUAACGGCGGAGGUGUAGCAAACCGUCUUUAGUGCGUCCCCGUUUGUUCUGGGUUUAUUCUGUGUCGCCUUGACUGAACGCGAAGCGAUGCUGUGUCUGCGGCUCCUCACAUUUGUGCUGAAACGCUCUCUCCAGCCUCAGAUCAUCACUUCGCCGCCACCAACAUCUCUACUGAUGUGACCUCUGUGGCUCUCUCCUCCGCAGGCUUCGAGAUACGCUUUAUUUUUCGCUAACAUGUGAAGAAGUGUCUCCACACGAGGGAACAGCUCAUGGAGAGGCUCGUCAGAUUCUAGCAGCAGAAAUGCGUCUGAGCAGGACGAAAUGAUACGACUCAUAGGGUUCCGAACGCCAACGUCUUUGAUGGCUUUUGUGAUGAGGAGAUGGAAGAUCUUGCUGGUGCUGAACGCGUUCGCCGUGGCGGGUUUCCUCACUUUUUGGGGCAAGUGCACUGUGCGGGCGGGCAGAGGCAGCGGUCAGCAGGCGCCCACUGAUGCGAGAGGACAAACGCGUCUGAACGGCUCUGCUGUGGACACAGGCAUCACUCACGAGGUCCUGCUGAAGAGACUCGGCUCUCUGGAAGAUGUUGUCUACAGACAGCUUAAUGGUUUGUCCAAAUCUCUUGGACUCAUCGAGGGCUUUGGAGGCAGGGGCAAAGGGGGCUUGCCCGCCACCCUGACUCCUGCGGAGCAGAAGGAAGCCAAAUACCUUCGGGAGAAAUAUGGCUACAAUGCCUUCCUGAGCGACAGGAUCUCUCUGGAUAGGUCCAUCCCGGACUAUCGGCCCAGCAAGUGCAAAAGGGUGUUUUAUCCCAGAGACCUGCCGCAGAUCUCCCUCAUCUUCAUCUUUGUGAACGAGGCACUGUCGGUCAUCUUGCGUUCUGUCCACUCAGCUGUCAAUCAUACGCCGGCCCACCUCCUGAAGGAGAUCAUACUGGUGGACGACAACAGUGAUGACGAACAACUGAAGGCUCCGCUGGAGGAGUACGUCAACAAACGCUACCCGGGCCUCGUCAAGAUCGUGCGCAAUCAGAAGAGAGAGGGCCUGAUCCGCGCUCGUAUCGAGGGCUGGAAGGUGGCUACAGGAGAGGUGACGGGCUUUUUCGACGCCCACGUGGAGUUCACCCCUGCAUGGGCUGAACCAGUUCUGUCCAGGAUCAAGGAGAACCCCAAGAGGAUCGUCCUGCCCUCAAUAGACAACAUUAAAGAUGACACCUUCGAGCUGGAGCGCUAUGAGAACUCUGGCCAUGGUUUCAACUGGGAGCUGUGGUGCAUGUACAUCAGUCCCCCUAAACAGUGGUGGGAUGAAGGAGACACUUCUGCACCCAUCAGGACGCCUGCAAUGAUAGGCUGUUCCUUUGUGGCCAACCGGGACUACUUUGGAGAGUUGGGCCUGCUGGACUCAGGGAUGGACGUGUAUGGUGGAGAGAAUAUAGAGCUUGGAAUCAGGGUUUGGCUGUGUGGAGGCAGUAUGGAGGUCCUGCCUUGCUCCAGGGUGGCCCACAUUGCCAGGACGAAAAAGCCCUAUCACAGCAACAUCGCCUUCCACACCAGACGCAAUGCACUGCGUGUGGCGGAGGUGUGGAUGGAUGAAUACAAGUCAAACGUCUACCUGGCCUGGAACAUUCCAAUGGAGAACCAUGGCAUCGAUUAUGGUGACAUAUCAGAGCGUGUGGCACUAAGGAAAAGCCUCCAGUGCAAGAACUUCGAGUGGUACCUUGACAACAUCUACCCUGAGAUGAGGAGAUACAAUAGCACUCUAUUUUACGGAGAAAUUCGCAACAUCAAUGUGACCCAUCUGUGUGUGGACCAGGGCGUGAAGGAGAACCACACGGCGACCCUCCACCCCUGCCACGGCUGGGGCCCUCAGCUGGGCCGCUACACUAAGGAGGGCUACCUAUUCCUGGGGCCACUGGGCAGCACUGGGGAGGACACGCGCUGUGUGGUCGACGACAGAGUCAGCAACUUCCCUCAGCUCAUGAACUGCGAGAAAGUCUCCAACAUGCGUCAGAAAACAUGGAACUUUGCACAGAAUCAACCCAUCGUCAACCGAGCCACAGGACGCUGUCUAGAGGUGGUGCAGGCGAACGUCUACUUUGGCUACGCACUGGUUCUGCGGCCAUGCACGGGUCAGAGGUGGAACAUCAGGAACACGAUGAGGCAGCAGCGGGGACAGUGAGUCAUCCCCCCUCAGAUAAGGCCGACGCAUACGGGAAGACGGGAGUCCUGCCGGGAACUGUCCAGGUUACUUGAAAAUGAGUCCAGUUUGUGGAUUAGCUCGCUGCUUUGUGUUCUGGACUCCAGUGGAGCAGAACUGAUUCAGCAUGAGUUGGUCUCAGCAGUGGAGUGCAUGAAACAUUGCUCUGGAGCAUGUGAGGAGCGCUCCAUGCUCUGCCAAACAAGUUAUGACUGCCUGAAACCAAAACAAGACAGUUUUGUGUUCUUCAAAGGAGUGGUCAACUACUUCUGUACUGCAGACUUCAGUCAUAUACAGGGCAGAUCCACCAUGAAAGAUGAGGGAAGCCACAUGCAAUGCAAAACAGUUAUCUCACAAUCAGUACAGUGGUGCUAUGAGAUUAUACAACACAACUGACAUUUAUUGAUUCAUGAUACAGUGAUUAAAUAGAAAUGCUUGCUGUGUGCUGAUUAAGUGUGAAUCAUUUUUUGUUGUUUUUUUUUCUUUUGCAUUGUAAGUGGCUUCCCUUUUCUACUAAAAUUUAAAUAUUGUGACAAGUUUGGAAGCCAGUGGCUUGUUGGAUCUUUCCUGUAAUUUCUAUGUUGAAAACAGUUCAUCAUCCCAGGAGAAGAAACUCAUUCAUAGGGAUUCAUAACAGUGAAUGUGUAGGUUAUUUUUCAAAUCCUAAUGUAAAUGGAUCCUGGUUUUUCCCCCCUUUUUAACCAAGUCAGACAUCAUGGAUGUUUCCUUAUGUCACUCC